AUGGCGUCCAGUUCCACCGACCAAGUCAGCGAGGUCUUUGAAAAGGCCAAAGCUGAUUUUCUGAACGGAAUCAAAGAUCAGAAACUGCGCAGCCAGCUUCAAAAAGCGACCACAAUUGACGACAUCUGGGACUACACCGACCAGCUCCAAAAGGACCAGGGAAGUAAUAAGCGACUACGAGGCAUGAAGAGGAUCGGACCUUAUAUCGAGCGAUUGCAAGAAUACGCCGGUGUAAUCGAGGUCUUUGUUCAAGCUAAACCAGAUAUUCUUGCUCUCAUCUGGGGACCGAUCAAGCUUUUACUCCAAGUGUCGAGUAACCUCGUCGCGUCUUUCGAUGCGAUUCUUGGCGUGAUGAAGAAUAUGGGGUCCAUUCUUCCUCGAUUUAACGAAUUCGUUCCGUUGUUCAAAAACAAUGAGCGCAUGAAAUAUGUUCUGGGAUUGUUCUUCCAGGACAUUCUUGAUUUCUACCUCGUUUCUCUAAAGUUCUUUGGACUUACUCGCUGGAAAGUGUUUUUUGAGUCGCUGUGGCCAGCACGCCGGGCUGAGAUACAAGUCGUUGCUGAAAACAUAGAAAAGCAUAGGCUUUUGCUUUGCAAUGAGAUUACGCUCAACGACAUUUUGGAAGCUCACACAGCACGCAAGAAGGCUCUUGAGCACUACGCUGAGACAAGAGAAUUCCAAGAACGUCAAGACUUUCAUUCCAUGGAGACUUAUAUACACCCUCCUUCUUACGAUGAAGACCUUGAUCGCAUUCGGAAUACUAGGUGUGGAGGGACCGGUUCUUGGCUAGUUCAGGACCAGCAGUUUGUGAGUUGGGCUGAAGGAAAGGAGAAAUCCGCCCAAGUUCUAUGGCUUCAAGGGAUCCCUGGAGCAGGGAAGACCUUUCUAGCAUCUACAGCGGUUGAUAGGACGAAAGAUUUGGGUCAUUCGCUAUUUGCCCUUCUCAGUUACAGAAACGAUCUGAAGUCCCCCAUCCCUAUCUACCACUCCUUGAUCUUUCAGCUCGCAUCGCAAGAUCGAGACUUGCGAACUGUGCUAUAUUCAACUAUUAUGAACACCACUAAAGACUUGAAACGCGACCUCAAAGGUGACUCCAAAUUCGCUCUCAGCACCUUCUCAAAGUUGCUACAAGCGGCAGGUCCAACAUACAUCGCCAUUGACGGCCUCGAUGAAAUUGAUGAGUUUACCCAGCAAGCCUUUCUACAUCUACUCCUUGAUGAACUCAAGACCUUGCCCCAUGUCAAACUUCUUGUCAGUAGUAGAAGAGUUGAAAGAAUCGAAAGAAUUUUGAAGCCAGUUGCGGCGAUACUGCCAGUUGACCAGAAAAACUCUGGCUGCAUCAAGGCAUACGUUUCCCGUCGAGGUGGAGAAUGGCUCGAUAACUCAUAUUUCGAAAGUGACGCCCGCUCAGAAAUUUGGCGAUUGCUCAAUCCCUUGGCUUCGAAGGCAGAUGGUAUGUUCCUUUAUGCGAGGAUAGUAUUAGAAGAUGUGGAAAUGCUACAGGAUUUGGAUUCCAUCCGGGAUCAGCUGAGUGUCCUCCCAGAGGGUCUUGACGAGGCGUACGAGAGAAUACUUCAAAGAAUUACAAAAUAUCCAUCGAGCGCUCAGAAGCAAUGCAAGAAGAUCUUGUCAUGGAUAGCCUGCGCUCCUGUUCAGAUCACUCGUCACGAGAUGGAACAGGUUUUGAUCAUUAAGACAGAUCAUAGAAGUGUUCCUCCAGUCAGAUCCACCCUGAAUACUCUUCCCCUAUGUGGUCCACUAGUUGAAGUUGAGGAUGAGAAUCUGAAAUUUGUCCACUUCACUGUGAAGGAAUAUCUUCUUCGACAUCAAAAGAGUAAGCUUUUGGAUGAGGGGGGGGCACUUAUCGAAAUCUCAACAACCUGCUUGGCAUAUCUCUGCUCAGACCUGAUGGAUGCGGACAUCAGCGACGACGAUAUCCAGCGAAAUUUAGUAUCUGGGGCAUAUCGGCUACUCAAUUUUGCACACCGCCAGUGGGCAGAAUGCCUUAGACUUUGUACGAGGCAUUCCAGAGAUGAGUUGCCGCCACAGCUUGUCCCCUUGCUGGGCCACAUUAUGCAGGAACUCGCAAAUCCAUACUACAGCGAGGACUUGGACACAAAGUUGGGGCUCUGGAGUCUUGAUAGAUUUAAGUCAAACCUUGAAGAGAUUAAGACUAUUUCUCGUAGCCUUGACUUUAGAAGUCUUAUGGCUACUUCUUAUGACUGGCGUCUGGACGAAGGAGAAGCUUGUUGGUCGGAUUUUGAUUCCACAACUAUCUCUGCGACGACAAUACGUGUCCAUCGCAUAUUACAGAGCCUUCUUUGCGGCGGCAGCAAACAUACAAAAGAUUGUUACUGUUCAGAAAUUCAGAAGCAUUAUGGUCCUGCUGUCAACAUAUGCCCCUUCUUGUCUUGUCGAUUCCAUCAAUUCCCUUUGAGAAGCAGGGAUCUCCGCGACAAACAUAUCAGGCAGCAUGAGCGCCCCUUCAAAUGCGCCGUUGAAACUUGUGAUUACUCAACUCUCGGUUUCUGUUCUCGGGGCCAACUCGAACAGCAUCGAGUUCAGUACCACCAGAGGCUAACUGAGCUUCAUAUUCCCGGAGACCUCGAUAUCCUUCACCACGAGAACCUCAACUCACUCGUGAUGGAGUACAUUAUGAGAGAUGAAGUUCAAGAAAUAGAACGGAUUCUUCCCUCGAUUAUAUCACGAUGGCCUUCCGAGUCAGCCUUCAGAUCUUCCUUCGAGGGCUUGUUAGCCUCUCAUGGUUCUGUCGCAAUGGCCCGCCUUAUAUUUAGUGAACCAUCUUUGAUUGAUGACACAUUUUGUAUGUCGUUUGUGCCUCAAGCUAUCAAAAGUUGCAACAUCACGGUCGUUGAGUGGGUUUUCAGCAACGGCGUAAUCGCUUUACUGAAUUCCCAUGUAGUCGAGUUUCGCUUUCUCCCAGAAAUACUGGCCUCUGAUUCUAUUGAGAUUUUCAAUAUCUGGCGAAACUAUGCACUCUCUUUUGGCUCCACCGACACCAUAUUGUCCCCUAGAAUGGUGUCUAGCAAAUUGAGCCCAGUGGUAGAAUUACAAGUAGCAUCUCUCUGGACAGAGCAGUAUAAACUUGGAAAUGUUCCUGAUUAUGAAUCAAGUCUUCUCCUGAACUGGUUGGCCUCUGGGAACUGCUCUCUCGUGCUGGCUAAGGUUCUAGUCGCUUGUGGUGCCGACGUCAACCGCAUCACAAGCAGAACUAUCCUUCCUCCGUUACAUCAUGCGAUCAGGAAGACGAGCGCUGAGGCAGCUGAGCUAGCCAAGUAUCUUCUGCUAUCAGGUGCAGACCCCCGUCUAAGGAUUCUGCGGCGAUCAGGGAAGAACAAGGGGCAGGCAAUCAUUCCAUCCUCAGAGCCUGGUGCAAAAGGAAUCUCCAAGUGGUUGGGUAAGACAUGGGAUGAGCUAGUCGAAUGGGCAGCGGAACAAAGACGAAAAAGUUCAGAAGGUGGGUUGGCAUCAGCGCCUCCGACAUAUUUGGCCGAUAGAGGGUGA